UUUCUUCUUAGAACUUUGCAAGAAGGGGUAAUAUUAGAAAAAAACAAUUAUUCGGGUGAGGGAGUAUAUAUGGCUGAGGAGGGCAAAUGUGGUACUAAAUAACAAAGCAUUGACUUUGAUUGAUUAAUAUUCCUUAAUUUAAAACAACAGGUCAUUAUAAUUUUAUUUUGGGUAUUUACUUAUUUAGUAUUGUGAAACACCAAAUAAUCUCUUAAUAUAAAUCAUUCAGAUAAUCAUAUUAAGAUUUAUAAAAUUCAUUUAAUUCGAUACAAUUAUAUUUACAUAAUUACGAGACUAUGUUAUAUCUAAAAUUUGUGAUUAUCCAAAAUCUAAAUCUUAUUUGUAGAUUUCUGUAUUUAGUGGAGAUUGAGUUUAGACUAAACACCUCAAUAAAAUUUGGGUUUAUUUUUACAAGAACGAAAAAGAAAGGUGCACCACAAUAAGCACCAAUGGUAAAAUUACACGUGGCAGGACACAAAAAAACAUUUCCAUGAAAAAGAAGCGCUAAAAACGAAUUAGAGUAAUAAAUCAACCAACCAAAUAAAAAAACAAAUAACAAAAAAUCCAGAAGUUGCGCUUCGUCGUUGAAAUAGUACCGCCUCAGUGAUUAACGAUAUUUAUCGAAGAUCGUGCCAAAUCACUGUUGCCCCCACCCCCAACAUUCGGCCCCCCAGCAACCCCCCUCCUCCCUGUAAAACACUCUCGAGAGAGAGUAAAGAAAAGGGCUGGCUUCUGAGGAGGAGGAAGAAAGAUCUGUGCUUUUGGGAGGAGGUGAACCGGAAGUGAAGGCGGUGGAAGAAAUGGGUGUCCAACAACCGAACGACGCCGUUUUGGGCUCUGGCUCUGGUUCUGGUGGUAGGGUAUAUUCCGAUGACCAUAUGAUCGUCGAAAUUCCAGAAACUGCCCAUCUUAUUAGUCAAGAUUCAUGGAUACAAGUGGCGUUUGUUCUUACAACCGGGAUAAACAGUGCCUAUGUUCUUGGAUAUUCUGGCGCAAUCAUGGUUCCAUUAGGUUGGAUCGGUGGUGUGGUUGGACUAAUUCUAGCAACAGCACUCUCUUUGUACGCAAACGUCUUAGUUGCCAAACUUCACGAACACGGAGGGAGGAGGCAUAUCAGAUAUCGAGACCUUGCUGGAUUUAUAUACGGUAAAAAAACAUAUUUCCUCACGUGGGGUCUGCAGUACAUGAAUCUAUUCAUGAUCAAUGUUGGGUACGUCAUUUUAGCUGGCAGUGCUCUUAAGGCUAUGUAUGUUCUUUUCCCUUACGACAGUGUAUUGAAGCUUCCGCAUUUCAUUGCAUUCGCUGGGCUUGCAAACAUUGUUUUUGCUAUAUGCGUACCCCAUUUGUCUGCUCUGCGCGUUUGGCUUAUAGUUUCAACAGUGAUUAGUCUCGUCUACAUUGCCAUAGCUUUCGCUCUGUCCCUUAAAGAUGGCAUUGAAGCUCCUCCAAGAGAUUACGAUAUUCCCGGAACAACAAUCAGUAGGGUUUUUACAACCAUCGGUGCAUCAGCAAAUCUGUUUUUCGCCUUCAACACUGGAAUGCUCCCGGAAAUACAGGCAACAGUGAAAGAGCCAGUUGUCGGAAACAUGAUGAAAGCUCUGUACUCUCAGUUCACACUCGGAGUUCUCCCAUUAUACGCAGUCACCUUUACUGGAUACUGGGCUUACGGAUCCGAAUCAUCGGCCUAUUUGCUGAACAACGUAAACGGCCCUAUUUGGCUAAAGGCUGUCGCUAAUAUUUGUGCUUUCUUGCAGACAAUUGUUGCCGUGCAUAUAUUUGCGAGUCCGAUGUACGAGUGUUUGGACACAAAGUACGGAGUGAAAGGAAGUGCGCUGGCUGUAAGGAACAUAGCUUUCAGAGUUGUGGUGAGAGGGGGUUAUUUAGGGCUGACGACGUUUGUUUCGGCUUUGCUGCCGUUUUUGGGGGAUUUUAUGAGCUUAACGGGGGCGAUUAGCACUUUCCCACUGACGUUUAUUCUUGCUAAUCAUAUGUACUUAAUGGCUAAGAAGGUGAAGCUUAGUUCACUGCAGAAGAAUUGGCAUUGGUUGAAUGUCUGGUUUUUCGGGUUUCUUUCUCUUGCUGCUGCUGUUGCUGCUAUUAGGCUUAUUGCUGUAGAUUCCAGCUAUUACCAUGUUUUUGCCGAUUUGUAGUUUUUUAUUAUUAAUAUUUAUUCGAGGGUAGUAGUAGUCCUUUAAAAUUGUUUUUAUUUUUUAUUUUUUUCAAAUUAUAAAGGUAUAAAUUAAAUGAAUUGUUACUUUUGUUUUUUGUAGAAAAAUUCUUCCUUGUUUAAUUGCAGUCUCUGUUUUUCCAGAA